CAGAUGGACGGUCGCUGGUGGGAAGAUUCGUGACGUGAACGGGCAUUUGUUCCGUGAUCUUUGUACUCGAUUUACUGUUUUUUUUUUCUUCUCUCCCCUCGACUGUAUCUCUGUGUGUGGAUACGAGGAAAAAUCCACGGUGUCCGGGCGCGUGAAUAAAAAAUCGUAGAGACAUGCUGACUGUGUGAUAAUUUUCUAGUUCAUUAGUGGAAACGCAUUUCGCGAAAGUCGCUCGCGGGUUUUCAGGAGGUUCUCGCGAUAAAUGACUCCCCAAGUGAACGGCAACAUGGAUCAGGCGCGACCAAUACAGAUCAUCGAAACUGGUGAGGAUCACACGUUUCUGCUCGAGGAGGAUGCGCUCACGGAGAUUCUGCUGCAGGAUGACAUCAAGGAUCGCUUUGUGGUUGUGGUGUCAGUGGCUGGCGCCUUUCGCAAGGGCAAGAGCUUCCUCCUUGACUUCUUCCUGCGCUACAUGUACUCAACGUACGGCCAGCAAAAGCGGACCAAAGACUGGCUGGGCGGUGACAAUGAGCCGCUGAGUGGGUUCUCCUGGCGCGGCGGAUCGGAGAGGGACACGACGGGGAUCCUGAUGUGGUCGGACAUAUUCCUCCAUGACUACCCGAAUGGGCAGAAGGUGGCCAUAAUUCUGCUGGACACGCAGGGCGCAUUCGACAGUCAGAGCACCGUGCGCGACUGUGCCACAGUAUUCGCCCUCAGCACGAUGGUGUCCUCCGUGCAGAUCUUCAAUCUGUCGCAGAACAUCCAAGAGGAUGAUUUGCAGCAUCUUCAGCUUUUCACAGAGUACGGCAGGCUUGCACUCGCUGACUCUGGCAAGACACCUUUCCAGCGACUUCAGUUUCUCGUGCGCGACUGGAGUUUCCCCUAUGAGGCGGAAUAUGGGGCCAAAGGUGGUGAGAUGAUCCUCAAGAGGCGCCUUGAGGUGUCGGACAAGCAGCAUCCUGAAUUGCAAUCCCUGCGGCGACACAUAAAGUCAUGCUUCUCCAAGAUUGCGUGCUUCCUUAUGCCACAUCCCGGUCUGACGGUGGCCACAAAUCCCAAAUUCGACGGCAGAUUGGCCGACAUCACGGAUGAAUUUAAGGAGAGUCUGAAGGAGUUGAUACCGCAAUUGCUGGCGCCGGAGCACUUGAUCGUGAAGGAGAUCAAUGGACAGAAGGUGCGCGCGAGGGAGUUGAUCCAGUACUUCAUCUCCUACAUGAACAUCUACAGGGGCAGCGAAUUGCCGGAGCCCAAGAGCAUGCUGGUGGCCACGGCGGAGGCCAACAAUCUGACGGCUGUGGCUGAGGCCAAAGAUCUCUAUGUGCAGCUCAUGGAGGAUGUGUGCGGAGGGACGAAGCCCUUCCUCAGCAAUGGACAUUUGGACGCUGAACAUCAGAGGAUCAAGGAGAAGGCGCUGCAUCAGUUCUCGGCCAAGCGGAAGAUGGGAGGCGAGGAGUUUUCAGAGAAGUAUCGUGAGAAAUUGGACAUGGAUCUGGAGGAGUCUUUCGGCAAUUUCCGGGCGCACAACGAGAGCAAGAACAUCUUCAAGGCUGCACGAACGCCAGCCGUGUACUUUGCAAUUGCUGUUGUCAUGUACAUCUUGAGCGGAAUCUUCGGUCUGUUUGGAUUGUAUACAUUUGCAAAUUCUGCAAAUCUGGUCAUGGGUGCUGCACUCCUCACACUCGCGAUGUGGGCUUAUAUAAGAUACAGCGGAGAGUUGAGUGAUUUUGGGUCGAAGCUUGACGUAUUGGCGGAUUUCUUGUGGGAAAAUUGGCUCAAGCCGUUCUACCAGGGGUGCAUGGAGAAGGGCAUCCAGCAUGUGGCCACCCAUGCCGUAGAGACGUCCGUGGGCGGCGGAACGAACCGCCAGAGUCAGCGACACCGCAACCGUGAACAUGCGGCGAAUGGCAAAGUGAAGAGCUCAUGAGAGUACGCGAAUGCAAGACAGCAGAAUUCAUCAUCAAAUCGCAAGAAGUCGAAAAAAUUUGUGCCUAAUAAAAUCAAUAAUUGCUGAUAAGUCAUCCAGGAAGACAGCAGAGGUCAUAGUGAAAUAGUGUUUUCGCGUGCGACUCGGCAGUAUUUCUCAUGUGAAUUUCAGUCACGGAGGCGCGAAAGAGGAGAUGUUGAUUGACUCAAUUCACUGGGAAAUGCUGCGCUCAGUUGCUCAUCUCCCCAAAAUUGUUGGGCACAAAUCAUGAGCGGAGAUUUAGCACUUAAACCCUCAGUCUGUGCAUGACAUACUGUCGACUUAUAAAUUAAUUAUAAUUUUCCCCAUGAAAUGAAUACUUUAUCACUGUUGUCCUCCUUUGUUCUUUUUUUGUAAUUUAUAUCAGUGACGAAUUAUGUAUUUGUUGAUGGACGUAGAGAGGUAUAUAUGUUUACAUAGGAAGAUAAAUGACAGUCAGCUCAACUUUGUAAUUUCUGAUCUUUUCACCUGAAGUCACUUCGAAAAGAGUGUUUUUUUUUGUUCUUCCAGUGAAUGUUAUUGUUUAUUUCGUCAUUCAAUGAGAAUUAACAAUGUUUCAUGUCAAUUUAGUUGUACCUUUGAAUUGUGGAUGUGAAGUUAUAUAGUUAAUGUGACUACUUUUGGAAUCAAAUCAACAAUAUUUAACCCAAUAAUACUUGCCAACUCAUACAGAAAUGAGACAAUUUUCUUUCUUAUACGUAAUAUGAAUUUGUUGUCCUGUCUGUCUCUGUAUUUAUAGUCCCAUCUUGAAUUGUUAUACACUUUCCCUACCCUUUUUAUUGUUAUAUUCUUUUUUUUUGUAAACCUAUUACAGUGUUGGAAUGAAAUAUGUAA